GACCUUUCAUCCAGCAAAAUCUAAAUAAUCAAUCCAUUGAUUUAAAGAAUAUAAAAGCUUUAAAAAAUAUAUCAAAAGAUUUUGAGAAUAUAAGCAACGUUGAAGAUGCAGAGAAUAUAACUACCUUUGAAAUUGACGAACUAAAGGAUACAACCAACAUUAACGACUUGGAAGAUAUAACAAACGUUAAUAAUUUAGACCAUGGUGAAAAAUUUUUAACGUAUCUUCCUCAUAGUGGAUUUAGCAAUCAACUUACUUCUUUAAAAAAUGCUAUAAUACUGUCAUAUAUUACAAACAGAACAUUAAUCAUUCCACCGAUACUUUUUGCUAAAAUUCCUCACAAGGGUAAAAAACUCUAUAAAACCCUUAACGAAUCAGCUACAAUCAAGAAAGCUAGAUUAUUAUGUUCCACUAAUCAUACAAUAUUUUGCUCGGAUGAAUAUAACCGUUAUGAUUCAUUUUCAUUAAUGAAUUGGAGUAAUCUAUUUGACUUCACAUUUGUAAGAAAACACAUUCGAGUAAUUAAUCGCGGUUAUGACUUUAAUUUACAGACUCUAGAAAAAUUUCUCAACAUUACUACAAAAGACACUUAUUAUUUUGUUGAAGAGAUUCGCUAUGAAUUUCAAUAUUUUGAUACAGAUGAUACGAAUAUUGAAGCUGGUUAUCAUUAUCAAAAAAAGUAUUUCAUUUCAAAUUUAAAAUCUCGUCCAGAAACUUUAAUACACUUAGGAUCCACAUUUGGUCUCGACAGGCUUGUUUUAGAACAACGACAAAAUGUUGAUUUAUAUUAUGGAUUACUUGCUAACUUUAAAUUUGGACAUAUGGCAUUGGAAGAAUGUGUUAAAAAAAUAGUUGAAGAAUUAGGUAGACGAAAAAGCUUUAUUGGCAUUCAUAUAAGGGUUGGUGAUGGAGGUUUUAAAUCUAUACAAUUUAAAGAACAACUUAUUGAUUCGAUGUUUAACAGAUUAGUUAGUGAAACGAAAGAAUGGUUAGAAAAACCUUAUAGUGAUUCGAAGGAAUAUCCAAAUGUUAUGAAGGAUAAUUAUUAUCUACUAAACAGUUCAAAGACUUUGUUAAAUUCAAAGUGUUUAGAAAGCAAGAAAUCACCCGUAAUCUAUAUAGCAUCAGAUAGCAAAAACCCUAAACAAAAUUUUAAAAAGAUUUAUUCUAAUUUUAAUCCUUGCGUUUUUACAUUGUCAGACUUUAAAAGAUAUUUAGAGCCUUUGCGUGAUUUGUAUAAUGAUUUUGAUAACCAUAGUUUAUAUAGCCUUUUCAUGCCCUUUGUGGAUAUGUUGGUUGUUUCUAAUGGUGGAAUAUUUAUUGGAACCUUAAAUAGUUCUUUUUCAAGGGUUGCUCGAGAUAUUCAUGAUUUUCAACAAUUUUAA